AACGACGUCUGAACAAGAACUCAGCAGCAGGCUUAGCUGGGUAAGCGGAAUCAUUAUCAUCACGAGUAGAGCUGCAUAACGUUCGCCCGAAGAAGCUAUCUCAGCUUUGUGCGCCUUUUUUAUACAUUAUCUCAUCUCAACACGGCGUGUUAACUACAGACUCCCACAGCAAAAAUGACAGCGACGGAGACGAGAAACCCCAACAAUCAACAAAACAGAGAUGCUGUGGUGGCAGAAACGUCUACGAGAGAUGAUGUUUUUGAUGAUAGCUAUAAAGCAAAAGAGGGCCCUAAACCGCGGAUGAGAUUGGUGUGGAGAAACGUCAUAUUAAUGGUUUUAUUACAUGCUGGAGCGCUUUACGGACUGAUGCUCGUGCCCUCCACCUCGGCCUUAACUCUGGCCUGGACUGUUGUGUGCUUCUUGCUCAGUGCCCUGGGUAUAACUGCGGGGGCCCACCGCCUCUGGAGUCACAAGUCCUACAAGGCCUCCACCCCUCUGCGAGUCUUCCUGGCCCUUGCCAACUCCAUGGCCUUCCAGAAUGACAUUUACGAGUGGGCGAGGGACCACCGGGUUCACCACAAGUACUCCGAGACGGACGCGGACCCCCACAAUGCACUGCGGGGCUUCUUCUUUGCUCACAUUGGCUGGCUGCUCGUCCGCAAGCACCCUGACGUGAUCGAGAAGGGAAAGAAGCUGGAGCUGACGGACCUGAAGGCAGAUAAAGUCGUCAUGUUCCAGAGAAAGUACUACAAGCUCUCUGUGGUUCUGCUGUGUUUCCUGGUGCCCAUGUGGGUGCCCUGGUACCUGUGGGGUGAGUCCCUGUGGGUGUGCUACUUCAUCCCGGUCCUCAUGCGGUACACCCUGGUGCUGAACGCUACCUGGCUGGUCAACUCUGCAGCUCACAUGUGGGGCAACCGACCCUAUGACCAUAACAUCAACCCCAGUGAGAACCGUUUCGUGGCCUUCAGUGCCAUUGGCGAGGGCUUCCACAACUACCACCACACCUUCCCAUUUGACUAUGCCACCAGUGAGUUUGGCAUUAAGAUGAACAUCACCACUGCCUUCAUAGACCUCAUGUGCUUUCUGGGCCUGGCCAAGGACUGCAAGAGGGUGUCCCACGAACUUGUUUCGGCCCGCGCCCAGCGAACAGGUGACGGCAGCCACAAGACUGGCUGAGUUAUGUUGUCUCAAACCGUUACGGACUUGAUGCGACCGAUGCCAGAUACGAUAAAACAGGCUAAACCAAUGAAAGAAAGAAUGUAGCUGUAGUAAAUUGCAGUAUUGAUGAUGGACUUAGUAGUGCUGCAGUUAGUAGUGAUCAAACCAUGGUCCAUUGAUGUCUGCUUCUGUGUUAUGAGUUACAAACCUAUACUUCAGUUCCUCAGACUAAUAUUGGCUUUAAAAUCGGUCCUAGACCUUUCAGUAAAGUGUUUUUUUAAUGAAUUAUGCGUAAGGUGACUAAGCAAAGUGAUCUAAUGGCCUGGCUAAGCUAGGUAUGUUAGCACAGAGAUUUAAAGAGUAAGUCAAGUGGAAAAAACUGAAGUGUGUGUGGCGGAGAUAGACGCUGUAAUGCGUGACACUAUUACACCAACCAAACUACCUGCCUGUGCCAUCUGCACCAACAAUGAAGAUGGUAGGACAUUAACCUCUAAUUUAUUCAUGAGCUAUUAUUAAUUAACCCUCUGUGGCACUUUUGAAAAAGUUUGAGGUUUCUUCACAUUUUAGGCUAAGUAGGUGAAAUUUGUUUUGAUAAUGUGUCGAUUUCAAUUCGGGCUGAAUGAUUCUGACAUAUGGAUCCAAAUCUUCACGCUUUGUUGACAUUCAUUCACUAAGCGUGGAGUAAAAAUUCUUUAAAAUCCUUGGAAGUCCACCUUUUGUCAAAAGUUUACAUGUAUGUUUAAGAUGAAAUUUAAGUUUUAUAAUUUAACGUUAUUUGCUUUUGAUUAAGCCACCCUACUUCAGUCUUAUUUUACUAUAAGCUGCUGUGUUGAAACAGCCCUACUUACUUCUAAGUCAACAUACUGUUGAGCUGUCAUUGUAUACCAGACCAUAUUCCAUAUAGGCUGGUGUAGAAGUGCAGUUGUGCGGCAGCAUUGCAUAUUAUUGCACCAGUUGACUCCUCCUGUCCAAGUUGCUCUUCACAGGAGGUUAUUUCCUCUUGUAGAAGAGGAUGAAGGUAUCAGAUCUCAAAUUGCACAUAUAUUCCCUGUAUAGUGCAUUACUGUUGACCAGGGCCCAUUGUGGGCUCUGGCCAAAGGUAGUGCACUGUAUAUGGAAUCAGGUUCCAUUUGGGAUGUACAUAAGGUCUCUUCAUUUGUGUAUAACACGAUUUAUACCUCUGAAUAUUUUGUGGGGGCGAUGGUGCCUGUGACUACAGUCGGAUGGUCGAACAAAAGCCUGGUUGGUUUUUUUUCCAUCCUGCUUCAGACACUUCUGCACUGAAACGUAGUUACAACGCAAACUCUGAUCAGUCUUUAUUACACAAAAUAAUACUUGUUUGUAUUUAUUUUUUACUCUUACUGCAGCUGAAGUUAAAAGCGUUAGGGACUUCGGUCUCCCUCCAAUAGGACAAGGUGAAAGAGGCUGAGAGCAUUUGCGUACGUGUCGUCUCUCGGUAUCUUGAAUUAAAUUUAGUCCACUCUCGCCCACUUAGUAGACAUGGACAUGUCUAGAAAAAGAUGGAUGCGACAGGGGAGGUAAAGGAGGAGCCAAUGGUUUAGUUAAUUUGGUUGUACAUCAAUUGUAAGGGGGGGGGGGGGGGACACUAUAGGAAUUCUACUUCUGAGUACUGAGGGGAAAAAAUGGCAUUUUGAAUAUUUGCUUUGGAGCUGUGGUUGUUAUUUAAUGACUUAAUAGCUAUAUGGGGGAGAAAGUAAUGGGAUUAACUUAUUUAACUCAAAGUAAAAGGAAAAACCAUGUGCUUUGCAUCCUUGGGAUAUUCUGUAUAGUAUCAGAUUCUGAGGGAUUAAGGACACAUUUUUGCAUAAUGGUUAAACAAAUGUGUUUGGCUCUGAAGAAAAUAAGAUUCCAGAUUAGUUACGAACUCAUGAAAUUGUAAUUUGUCACACUUUGGUCUACCUUUUCUCAGUGCAAUUAUUUUGUGCAGUGUUAACUUCUUGAAGUCUGAAUGCCUUAAAAAACUGCAGCAUUUUUUUCUAAGAAUGUUCUACCCACUGUAUGUACCGUAAAUAAACCAAAUUUUCUACAUGUUGAAAAGCA